AUGAUAAGUACAGCGAUGACUUCUUGUUCAACGUCAGAAGAAUCAGAAGUUGAAUCUCGAAAAGAAUUUUACAGACAAACAAGUGAAUAUCUUAAAUCUUUAAAUAGCAAAUUUCGAGAAAAGACGGUGAUCACACAAGCUAUGAAUGAAAAAAUUCUUCGUUGCCUUACAAAUAAGUGUUCAUCAGAUUUCGAUUCUCGUUUUACAUCUUGGUGUCGUACGUCAUUUAUCGUACAAAAUGUUGGCUCGAAACUUUUACUAUGUGAUGCAAAAAAUAAUAAACCGGUGCUAGUGUAUGAAAAGAUGUACGAUAUUUAUAAGCGUACUCAUAUUGAAACAGCUCAUGCAGGACGCGAUAAAUGUCUGGAUAGUUUAUCAAUGCAUUAUAGCUGUCGACAUGAAUCAUAUCGAAGUACUGCACGAGUUAGUUAUCUGAAAUCUCAAAAUAAACGACAAAAAAUAUAUGAUGAUCAUAUACAAAAAAUAGCUGAUUCGUAUAAAAAUGGUGAUCUUGUUGGAAUAUCAAUCCAUAAAGUUGAUCGUACAAAUUGCGAUCCUAAAAUUAUGCCAUGUAUAAUUGAAAAACGUUCGAACAAUACAGAUAUCCCAACAUAUCAUCUUAUUAGUCCAUAUGGUCGUAUAUCAACAGCAUUUCCUGUACAUCAACUUAUACCAAUGUCAGGUAUAAAACCAACAGUAUUACAAAAUAUAAAAUUUGAAACUAUACCAACAAUUACAUUCGUUCAAGCUUCUAAAUUGUUCGCACGUGGUAAUCCUGCUGCAACAUGUGAUUGCAAGACAAAAUGUAUGGCGAAAACUUGUCCCUGCAAACGGGCAUCAAUAGCAUGUUCAACUAAAUGUCAUGCUAAACUUGGUAAAUGUAUGAACAUCGAAGAAUGA